GUUCAUAUUUCUGUUUCUAUAUUUAUCAUAAUUUCGUCCGAACUUUAGAUUGAACUAGGAUGGUGCAUCAGUUUUCUUUCUGGGUUUAUGGAAAAAUUCUAUCUUUCUUCUUGUAAUGCUUUGUUUGCUUAGGCAUUUUUUUUUUUUUUUUUUUUUGGUUGUCAUUGGUUAUGUCCGACAUUCAUACUGCGAAACUAAUAGAUGUGAUGCAAGUUCUAUAAAAACACAGAUAAUGUUUGUUUAAAUUACUGUUUUAGCCUUUGGGGUUGCCUGCCACUACUUGACACUUUGGUUUGAGAAGUUGAUGUCUGGCUCUCUUUGUGGGGUUUCUGCCUCUCAUGAGGCACAGCAUGCUUUAAGCUUUCAACCUUCUCGGCAGGAAUCCCCAAAUAGAUAGUUGAGGUGAUUUAAAGGCCUUUUGAAUUGCUUGAAGAAAGAAAUCUGUUUUGGCUUUAAAAUGACUCCAACCAUUAGCACCGGUAGCUUGACUGAAGUUCGAGAAGAAUUGAGUGCAGCCCAACAAGACUAUAAGAUGAAUGGCAAAAAUGCUUUUAAUGUUUCAAUGGAAAGGGGAUUGCUGAUUGAUGAAAGUCCUAGAAGUGAUAGCUUGUUAUCUACGAAUCCUAGUCAAUUAAGGCUACAGAAAUACAAUUCUACUAGCAGUUCAAUUUCCCCAUCAGAAAAAUAUCGAAAAACUUAUGAGGAAAGAGAUGCAAUCCCAUUCUCAGUGUCUUCUUCAGCUGGCCAAGGCUUUUGUGGUCAUGUACACAGCAUUAUUUCUAAAAAAAUUGAUUGGGGAUCUAUGAAUAGCAUGUGCAAAACAUGGAUCAAGGAUCCUCUGAACAUGGUCUUGCUUUUAUGGAUAGGUUGUGUUGCUGUAUCUGGUGCAAUCCUUUUUCUUGUAAUGACAGGAAUGUUAAAUGGUGUCCUGCCUAAGAAAUCACAAAGAAAUGUUUGGUUCGAGGUCAAUAAUCAAAUCCUCAAUGCUCUCUUUACCCUCAUGUGCUUGUACCAACAUCCAAAGCGGUUCCACCACCUAGUACUUCUCAUCAGGUGGAAGCCAAAGGAUGUAACCACACUCAGAGAGAUGUACUGCAAGAACGGUACGAAGAAGCCCCAUGAACGAGCUCACAUUAUGGUAGUUAUUGUGUUACUCCAUGUGAAUUGCUUCGCUCAAUAUGCACUUUGCGGACUUAACUGGGGAUAUAAGAGAUCUGAACGACCUGCUGCUGGUGUUGGCAUCAGCCUCUCUGUUGCAAUUGCUGGCGCAGCAAUUGCUGGUGUGUACACCAUGAUGAGCCCCCUUGGAAAGGAUUAUGACUUGGAAGUUGAUGAGGAAGCGCAGGAUCAAAUUCUCAUGAAUACCACUAGGCAAGCCAAGCACUUGGGAUCAUUUGAGAGGAGAUUCUCAUUUGCAUCAAGAAAUGAGCAUAUGUUGGUGGAGCAUGAACCUGAAUGGAAUGGAGGGUUAUUUGAUAUUGGGGAUGAUUUUUCUGUAGCUUAUUUUUCUCUCUUCUGCUGUAUAUGCCUUUUCGGGUGGAAUAUGGAAAGGCUUGGUUUUGGUAACAUGUAUGUUCACAUUGCAACUUUCUUCCUCUUUUGCUCAGCUCCUUUUUGGAUCUUCAAUUUGGCUGCCGUCAAUAUUGAUAAUGAAACUAUAAGGGAAGCAUUGGGGUUAACCGGUGUUGUGCUUUGCGUGUUCGGUUUACUCUAUGGUGGCUUUUGGAGAAUCCAAAUGAGGAAAAGAUUCAACUUGCCAGCCAACAACUUAUGUUUUGGAAAACCUGCAAUUACAGAUUGUGUGGACUGGCUUUUUUGUUGUUGGUGUUCUCUUGCUCAGGAAGUUCGAACUGCUGGUUCCUUUGAUACCGUGAAAGAUAAGAUUUGCAGGAAGCAAACGCAAAUGCACAGCCAACCUGCACUAUCUCCUUUAUCGCGUGAAGAUGGAGCUAUUCGUCAAUUUAGAUCCAUCCCUUCCUCUCUACUUCGAAACAGUCCUCAGUUAUCUAAACUUGGAACGGAAAGUUCCCAAAAUCCAAGCACACUUUCGAAAGAUUACUGUAGUCCUGGUGGCCAGCUCGAUAAGGUGGAAGGGGAAGUUGUAGGCAACUUCAUGAAUCCCCCUAUUCCAUCCACAAUACAAAGGGAGAAUAUUUCCAAUGGAACUUGAUGUUUUAAAUUAGGAAGAUAUUCAGCCCUGUAACUUUUCAAGGUGGAGAGAAAUAUAUACAUAUUGAUGAUAUUAGUACUA